CCUUAAUUAUUUGGGUGGGCAUCAAUAUUUUCACUCUCAGUUCUUUCUAGAAAUCAAAAGCUCUGUGUUUGUUGCAUUCGGAUAAUCUCUGGAUAUUUUUCUUUUUUUGUCUCUUUCUUGGAUUAAGCACCAGCUCUGCUUUUUUCCUUGAAAGUUGAUUCUUUUUACAGUUUUCCAUUAGAAGGAAAAUUUGCCAUCUACUUCCCACUUUAGAAUUCCAUUAAGCUUCAAAUCUUUAUCAGGAUUCUGUUGAAAUCAACCUUCUACUCUCAUCAUUUACUCAUUUUUAUCAGAUUUCUCUUUCAUUCUUGGCUUUGUUGGGGUGGUUUCUGGCUUGAUUGAAAGCGUUUUGCUCUAUGGGAUUUUGAUUAAACUUGAAGAAUUAACGUUGAAAUUUGUGGUGUGUUGAACCAAGUUGUUUUCUUAGAUUUUGAACAAGGCAGAGCCAAGAGUUGAAAGAGGAUAAGGAUAUUGAGUUUUCUUUAAGUUUAGAGCAAAGCAACAAAACACAAACAUAAUUAGAAGAAACAGAACAUCCCAAAUUAUAGCAAUCACUAUCUCCUUUUUUACUUUCGCCAACGAAAAUGAUGCCGGAAAUUUGUGUUUCCGGUGGCGCUGGAUUUUGACAGCAUUGCCAUUUACCAGCCAAGACUUUCUAUUGAAACAGAGAGAGAGAUAUAAGUUUUGAGUUUUUCUUUUUCUUUAUAUUUAGCUGUCUAAACGUCAAAAAAUAGAAUUCUCUUGCAAUUCUGUUUCUGCUCAUCACUUUCUAUCUCUAAAAAGAAAUCAAAUCCCGUCAAUUUCUCCAUCUCUCCCUCUUUUUUCUCUCCCUCCAUCUCUUUUUGUUUCUCUCCUCUGUUUUUCCUUUUCUGGGUAGGGAGGGAAACUAAAUUUCUCUCCUUUCUUUCUCUUUCUCCACCUCUCUCGUCCUCUUUGUCCUCGAAACCAUGAUUUUUGAGAAGGGGUCAACCCAAUCAAACCUCGACUGCUUCCUUCAUUGCACAACUCCAGUAGUUCCAUCUCAAUUCCUCCCCAAGACAGAGAUUAGAAACUUAAACCGUUUAUGGCACCCAUGGGAGAGAGACACAGUUGAGUAUUUUACCUUGGGUGACCUAUGGAAUUGUUUUGAUGAAUGGAGUGCAUAUGGGGCUGGAGUUCCAAUUGUCUUGAACAAUGGUGAAACCUUAGUCCAGUAUUAUGUGCCAUAUCUCUCUGCAAUCCAAAUUUUCACAAGCAAUUCCUCCGUGAAAGGUUUCAGGGAAGAGACUGAGUCAGGUGAUGGUGAGACGAGGGAUUCAUUUAGUGAUUCUUGUAGUGAAGAGAGUGAGAGUGACAAGUUAUGGAGGUGGGAUGGUUGCUCAUCAGAGGAAGGAGGAUUGGAGCAAGACAAUCUCUGGCGUCUCAAUGAUAGAUUGGGUUACCUAUAUUUUCAAUAUUUUGAAAGAUCAACUCCAUAUGGAAGAGUUCCGUUGAUGGAUAAGAUUAAUGGAUUUGCUCAAAGAUACCCAGGUUUGAUGUCCUUGCGAAGUGUGGAGCUUUCACCAGCUAGUUGGAUGGCUGUUGCUUGGUACCCUAUCUAUCACAUUCCCAUGGGGAGAACCAUAAAGGACCUGUCCACAUGCUUUCUUACGUACCACACCCUUUCGUCAUCUUUUCAAGAUAUGGACCUAGACGAUGACAUUGAGAGUCCAGAAAGGAAGCGAAAGGAAGGGGAAAGCAUCUCGCUGCCCCCAUUUGGUUUGGCCACAUACAAGAUGCAGGGAAAUGUGUGGGUCUCAGGCAAUUGUGGCAGGGACCAAGAAAGGCUGGUGUCACUUUUGAGUGUGGCAGAUUCAUGGCUAAAGCAACUGAGGGUCCAGCACCAUGACUUCAAUUACUUCACAGGGAUUAGGCGUGGCUAAAACCACUACCUUUAACAUUUUAACUUUUCGAAACCCAUGAGUAUAGCUAAUCACUAAAAUCCUUCCUUUUCUCGGAUUUCUGGUUUCGUGCCCAAGUGGCUUGUGUGUGAGGAUUACAGCAUGGGUUCUCGCUAUCCAGCAUCGUUGCAUAUAAGCUUUGUAUUAGAGCUAAUCCAUGUAUUGAAGUUUGAUCAUGAAAGAGGGUGUGUGAGAUGACUUGACCCUCAAAUCUUUUUUUUUUCCUUUCUGCUGAUCUUAGUGGCAAAUGGGGCUUUCCUUUGUGUAGAGUUUCGUGGAUGAAGUCCGAGAGAGAUAAAGAGAAAAUGCUACCUCUUCAACCUCUGAACUCUUUUCUGGAUUGUGUAACAGUUUCUUGACCAUAAUGGAACCAAAGGAAAUGAGGAAAGUGUUGAAGUUUUUGCAA